CACAUGAGGCGCCGGGCAGUGCAGUUGACAAUGAGAGAGGGGGGGCAAGAGGGGCAGGACGAGGGGGGAGAGGAGGAGGAGGAGGAGGAGGAGGAGGAGGAGGAGGAGGAGGAGGAGGAGGAAGAGGAGGAGGAGGAGGAAGAGGAGGAGGAGGUAGAAGAGGAGGAGGAGGAGGAGGAGGAGGAGGAGGAGGAGGAGGAGGAGGAGGAGGAGGAGGAGGGAGAGGAAACAUGCUCCAUAUACACAGCCAAACUUUGCCUGACACGUGUCAUGUGGAUUGGGCGCGAAGUGAGGGGGGAGAAGGAGGAGGAGGAGGAGGAGGAGGAGGAGGAGGAGGAGGAGGAGGAGGAGGAGGAGGAGGAGGAGGAGGAGGAGUGAGCAUGAUGGAAGGGAGGAGGG